AUGGUCCACCUUUACAGUGUGGUGCGGGACACGCUGCCUUUGAAGGCGUUCGACGAAAGUAGCAAAGGUGUUGCCUUCGCUCUGGCUCUGCUGGGUUUCGCUAUCGUCGCGUGCUCUUUGCUCUACUGGAUCUGGUUUUGGCGGUUACAGCGGUACUAUGAGGACGCUGCUCGUGCAUACUUGAUUCGAGCCAACGCCGAGGGCAAGCUGGGAGCAACGCACCUGCGCCGCCAGAGCCUGCGGCUCCUCAGCUACAACGUUUUCGUGCGACCCCCCGGCAUAUCGGCUCGAGGUAACGAUUUCAAGGAUGAGCGUCUCGCCCGCUUGCUUGCGCAGCUUGUUCGCCUCGACGUGGAUGUCGUUGCGCUGCAGGAGCUCUUCCGCUUUGGUUCGCCUCGACAGCGAGCGUUCGUCUGGGCGGCGUGUCGUCUCGGCGGCUACCGGUACAGCGCAGCCCUGCCGUAUCCACCACGAGGCUGGCACUGGCCUCCGCGAAUACUGGACGGAGGCGUGACUGUCCUCAGCCGGCUGCCAGUGGAACGAGUCGCGUUCACGACGUAUCGCUCGGCCCACUGGCAUUAUAUCGAUUGUCUGGUAGCAAAGGGCGUGCUUUGUGUCCAUCUUCGAAUGCCGUUUCAUGAACCUAGUACCGGGGCAGUGCAUCCCGGAAAAGUAGCACUAUUCGCGACGCACGCACAAGCAGGAAACGCAUCAUAUCCAGGCAUCCGUGUGAUUCGGCGGAAACAACUCCAACAACUCGCAAGGUUCGUUCAGGAGGAGGCCGGAGAAGGCAUAUUACCCGCGAUCAUCUGCGGUGAUUUGAACCUGAACGGCAUGGAUGGUGAUCUAGCGGAUCGAGACUCGUCGGAGUACACCGAGAUGAUGUCCAUCCUGAAUGGCGAUGCCGAUGCGUCAGCGAAACCGGUACGUGUUUUUCGAUUUCGCGACCUGGUAAAAGAGGCCAAUGAUCAUCGCCAUCCUGUGACUGUAGAUGCGGUUACCGCAGAGGGAACACCUCGAGAGCCUCUUCUGAUACCAGCAAAAGCGCGGAAACAGCCGAAACGACUUGAUUAUAUUCUGUGUGACCCAGGGCCGAGAGUGAGCUGUCGCGUGCUGGCGGCCCGAGUCGAGCCGUUUAUCCUGGAUUCCUGGGAUACAGCGCCGUUUCGACAAUUGUCCGAUCAUGAUGCGAUUUUCGUGGAAAUGGAAUUCACCGAAUCGUAG